GUGUGUGUGUGUGUAUGCGUGUGUGUGUUUGUAAUUUUUUUGGGGGGAGAUCCAGGGAUUAUUUUAGGGAAGAGGAGAGGGUCUACUCCUCCUCUUCAUCCUCUUCAUCCUCGUUCCUUCUUUCCUCUCGUGACACUUGGAUUCUGUGGAGGAUUUUUCUGUGUUUUUUCUUUCUUUUUUUUGAGUGAUAAGAUCCACGGGGAGCAGGAUCAGGUUUUUGCGGGACUGGAUCAUGCGGGGCGGCAUGGAUCUGGUUCUGGUUGGAUGUACGAUGAUGUGUGAUGGUUGGGAGGCGCUGGUGCUGAGGAGGAGGAGGAGAACAGGAGGAGGACUCCACCUGCUGCUGCUGCUGCUGCUGAUGAUGAAGAUGAUGCUGAUGCUGCCUGCUCCCACCACAGCCACCGACGCCUCCACAUCUUCUUCAUCCUCUUCGUCGUCCUCCGGCCUCGGAGGGUUCGUGGACUUCACGUUCACCCAGGAGCCUCAGGACACAGUGACGGUGCGGGGCGGCGUGCUGCAGCUCGACUGUCAGGCUCAGUCCGACGCAGCGGCGGAGCCUCCCGCCAUCACGUGGCGGAAGGACGGCGUGCUGCUGAGCACCGUGGUGGACGAGCGGCGGCGGCAGCUGAGUAACGGCACACUCCUGGUGCAGAACGUGGUCCACUCGAGGCACCACCGGCCCGAUGAGGGGGAAUACCAGUGUCUGGCCACGCUGGACGGACUGGGCAGCAUCGUGAGCCGCACCGCCAGAGUGACCGUCGCCGGUCCGCUCAGAGUGGUCAUCCCCACCGAGUCCAUCUCCUCGUAUCUCGGCGACACGGCGCUGCUCCGCUGCGAAGUCUCCGGCGAGCCUACGCCCGUCAUCCGCUGGCAGAAGAACAGGGACGACCUGCCCGUGGCCUUUGACCCCGACUCCAGGCUGGCGGUGCUGCCAUCGGGUUCGCUGCAGGUCAGCCGCGUCCAGCCGCCGGACUCGGCCACGUACCGGUGUCUGGCCGACAACCCUGGCAGCACCCGCACGGGGGCGGAUGCCGAGCUGCGAGUCCUUCCAGAACCCGGGCUGAGCCGCGGCCUGCAGUGGCUGCAGCGUCCGUCCAGAGUCACCGCUCUGCUGGGAACCGACGCCAUCCUGGAGUGUUCCGUCUCUGGAUACCCGACGCCGAGCUUCCAGUGGAGGAGAGGAGAGGAGCUGAUCCAGAGCUGGAAUAAGAAGUUCUCCCUGCUGGCGGGCAGUAACCUGAUCAUCAGGAGCGUCACCGACGACGACUCGGGCAGCUACAGCUGCACGGCAACCAACAAGAACGAGAACGUCAGCGCACACACGGAGCUGAGCGUGCUGGUUCCUCCUCAGUUCCUCAACUACCCGACCAACUCGUACGCGUACGAGUCCACUGACACGGAGCUGGAGUGCGCCGUGGCGGGAAACCCUCAGCCCACCGUGCGCUGGAUGAAGAACGGAGAGGAAGUCAUCCCCAGUGACUACUUCCAGAUCGUGGACGGCAGUAACCUGCAGAUCCUGGGUCUGGUGAAGUCAGACGAGGGCUUUUAUCAGUGCGUGGCUGAGAACUCGGCCGGCAGCGCUCAGGCCAUGGCUCAGCUGCUGCUGCGAGAGCCAGUCAAGACCAAGACCAAGUUCAUGUGA